AUGAGCGAGAAAAAACGAGUGAAAAAAGAAGUAUUCAUCAGUGAAGAUGAAGAAAUCGUCAUUAUCAAGAAAAAGAAGCCAUCAUCGUGGAAAAGAAUUCUUGGUCGAUGUGUGCUUAGUGUUGUUUUGACUAUAGCUUCACUGAUUGUCCUAGCACCAUUUUUACUCCAGUUGUAUGGUGAUUUUAUUCUAACGAAAAUGCUUUUUCAAACUUGGUCUCGAUAUUAUCCAUGGAUUGAUUUAACCAAACCAAGUGCGUUCAGUCUCAAUGGAGUUAAUGUUUAUGAACAAACCGAACCGAAUGUUACGGUUGGACUUUGGUAUAUUGUACCAUCAGAUAUCGAAGUCGAUCAUAGUUUAUCGACUCUUGGUGACCAUUUAAAACGCUAUGUUACUUCUGUUGACCAGCCAAUCAUUAUGUACCUCCAUGGUCAAGACGGAACAAGAGCAACACACUAUCGUGCAAAUCAUUAUCGAAUGAUGACGGCAUUUGGGAAUCAUAUUGUUGCACUUGAUUAUCGCGGCUAUGGAGAUUCAACGGGUACACCGAGUGUACAAGGUGUUGUUCAUGAUGUUCUCCAUCUAUUUAAAUCAAUUCGAAAAGCUUGUCCACAAAACCCAAUUACUAUUUGGGGACAUUCGAUGGGCACGGGUGUUGCAUCAUGGACGAUGCAUUAUCUAUUCCAAAACAUAACCAAUUAUAAGAAACCAUCCGGACUUGUUCUUGAAGCUCCAUUUUACAAUACUUUACAAGGCUUAGUUUCCUACCCACUCACUCGAAUCCUCAAAAUCAAUCCAUAUUUUAUGCAAGCCGCUCUUGACGCCCUAACGACAGUGAAACUUGACUUUCCCAACAAUGAAAUUGUUGCCUCACUCCCAUUACCAACUGUGAUAAUUCAUGCCGAAGACGAUGCUGUUAUUCCGUACUUUCACAUCGAAUUAAUUCAAGAUUAUGUCAAACAACAUCGUGAUCAAAGUUUACCUCAAGUUCGUUUCGUCGUCGUUCCACGUUCAGCUGCUUGUGGUCAUAAUCAUAUAUAUUCGUAUCCGAAAUUUCAAGAUAUUAUAAAGUUAAUUGAAAUGGAUGAAUCUGAUCUCGAACCGAAAGUCGAUGUUGAAAGAUCCCAUCAACGAUCAAAAUCUUCGUCGUUAUCAAUCAAAAUCGGAUUAUUUCUCGGUGGUGUUUACAUAUUUGCUUCCAUUCUCAUUCCAGUCGUCCUUCUUACGUAUCCAUCCAUCACAAAGCAUCUGGUUUUUCAGAACAAAGUCAAAACACGAACGAAUUUGACUCAUCCAGAACAUUUCAAUCUCGAUCGAGUGUACAAUUUCCACUUGAACGUUGAAUCUCAAGUCUCCAUUGGCAUAUGGCAUUUUCGUUCACCAUUAAUUGAAGAUCAAAUUUACGACGAUGACGAAGACUAUUUUCGAAAACAUCUCAUUUCAAACAUUCCCGUUGUUAUUUACUUCCAUGGAAGUGGUGCUAAUCGUGCGUUAAUGCAUCGUCGUGAACUUUGUCAACGAUUACGAAAUGAAUUAAACUAUGACGUUAUUGCAUUUGAUUAUCGAGGUUUCGCCGAUUCAACUGGUGAAUCAACAGAGAAUGACUUGGUCAAAGAUGCGAAAUUUAUUUACGAUUGGCUACAGAACUUGAAUAACCAUCAACGAAAAAUUUAUCUUUGGGGUCAUGCACUCGGCUCAGCAGUCGCUUCACAAUUAGCUGCCGAAUUAUCUCAACAUGACAAUAAAAAUCUUGCUGGCAUUGUCUUAGAAGCUCCAUUUCUCAAUGUUCACCAAGCUCUUCUAACCCAUUGGAUAUCUUUAUUUUUUCGUUGGCAACCAUGGUACUACAGCUUAACAGAAAAAGCCUUACAUAAAAACAAGCUUUACUUCGAAACACGUCAUCAUCUAUUGAAUCUCAAUUGUCCAUGUGUACUUAUCCACGCUGAUGACGAUUUUAUUAUUCCAUACAUCCAUUCGAAACAAUUGUUACAAAUCGGAAUGAAUGCUCGAAAUGAUAACAAACAGAAAAAGAAAUUCUUUCAUUUCACCAUUGAUAUGAUAUCGUAUCAUCGAUCGAAUUAUGGUCAUCGAUUGAUAUAUCAAGCACCAAAAUUAAUCUCAACAUUAAAAACAAUUCUCUUCGAAGGCAACUUCUCAACUCAAGAUAUCUGA